CAACACACACAGAUCAAGCACUCGGCAUAUCCUACACACCACACAAUAUGUUCUUCAUCAUCAAUCUUUUGCUGGCCAUUGCCGGUGCCGCGGCGGGCGUCAUUGAGCCCAUGAACAUGAACUACUACCAGUACACCCAGUUCCAGGCGCCGCUCUCGUGGGAGGCCAUCACCGGCGCGGGCCUGAAGCAGGCGCUCGCCAGCUGCCAGGAUAGCUUCAAGUGGCAGCGCUGGAACUGCCCCAGCACGGACUUUGUCCAGCGACACACUGCGCCGGCGACGCCCACGCUGGAGCGCGAGGAUGUCUAUGUGGCCGCCAUCUCCAUGGCCGCCAUCGUGCACAAGCUGACCAAGGACUGCGCCAACGGAGUCAUCGCCGGCUGCGGCUGCACUGGGAACGCCCUGAAUGUGCCCUGCGGCCACGAGCCAGCCAAGGCCGUGGAGCUCUACGAGAAGCGCUUUGGCGGCGGCUCGGAUGCCGCUGCCCACAACCAGCGGGUGAUUGGCUCGCUGCUGCAGCAGUCGCUGGUGCAGGAGUGCCGCUGCAAGCAGCCCCGCCCGCAGGGCAAGUGCCUCGAGGAGGAGUGCGUCCGAGUGCUGAAGCCGUUCGAGGCGGUGGCCCAGGACCUGCUGCAGAUGUACGACGAUGCCAUCCAGCUGGACAGCACGGCCAGCAAUCUGAAGAUCAUGUGGCAGAACAUUCCCCUCGACUCGCUCGUCUUUAUGCAGGACUCGCCGAACUACUGCGAGCCCGAGGCCAGCGGCCGCUGGACCGGCACCCGAGGCCGCCAGUGCUCCAAGGAUGGCAGCGGCUCCGUGGAGGAGCGCCUCUCCUGCCAGCAGCUCUGCCGCGUCUGCGGCUACCGCGUGCGCACCCAGCACGUGCGCAGCGAGCGGCGUUGCAACUGCAAACUGGUCUGGGGAUUCCGUCUCCAGUGCGACGUUUGCGUGCAGCUGGAACGGCAGUUCACCUGCUACUAG